UCAGCGAGUUACCGGCUAUAUAAAAUUCAACCUGGAAUUGAAACUGGAAGUGAAGCAUCAUGAGUACUCAUGCGAUAGUUCGUCGUAUUCCCAACAGUUUUAAAACACUAGCUCUCGGAAUUUCGGACGAAAUUGACUUAGAAAAGGCUAAAACGCAACAUGAAGAGUACUGUAAAGCUUUAAGGAAUGUUGGUCUUAAAGUCAUUGAGCUUCCAGAAGACGAAAACUUGCCUGACUCUGUUUUCGUUGAAGAUACAGCUGUGAUCUGUAAUGGAACAGCCUUGAUAUGCCGCCCUGGACACCCGACAAGGCAGAAAGAAGUGGAAAUGAUUAGGACUGUCAUCAAAAAGGAACUUGAGCUUCCAAUUCUAGAAAUUUCAGACCCAGAAGCAACAAUUGAUGGAGGAGAUGUAUUAUUUACAGGUCGGGAGUUUCUUGUGGGUCUUUCAAGUCGUACGAAUGAAGCUGGGUCUCGUGCUUUAGCAGCAGCCUUUCCAGAAUAUCCAGUUACACCUAUUAGAAUAAAACAUAAGCUUCACUUGAAAACUUCGCUGACCAUGGCAGGACCUGACACUUUGUGUGUUAGUGAAGAGCAGGAGAGCCAAGAUAUUCUCAAGAAGAUUGAACAAGAAGCAUCCUUCCAAUACAAGACAAUAACAGUUCCAGAUGGUGAUGCUGCAAACUGCAUCUACGUUAAUGGGACCUUGAUUCACUUAUCAGAGUUUCCAAACAGCACUAAGGUGUUUGAAGAAAAAGUAGAUUUCAACAGAAUUGCUCUGAAUAUAAGUGAGUUUAGAAAAGCAGAUGGUUCCCUCACAUGUCCUUCUAUUGUCAUCAAGAAGACCAAGUAAUUAAGAAAACUAACAAAAAGUGGAUUGAUCAAUGUUCAUCAUUUUAUAACUAAAUUUUGUUGGUUCAUUUGUUUCUGUUUGAAAAAUGUUUAAGAUUCUAGUUUGGUGGAAAUGUUUAUACUAUAUUUAUCCUUAAAAUUUUAUUUUUAAUAUUUUAAAUUUCUUGUUUGUUUAUUGUGUUAACUGGAAAUGUGAUAUGCAUUGCACUGUGAAACUUGUGACAGUUUAAUUUUUUAUGUUUAUGUAGAGAAAAUCUUUCCUAUCAAACUUGGUGCUGUUGUUGUAAUUACAUAGCCAGUAUUUUAUAUUAUACCUCACCUAAAUUAAUACCACUUAUUAAAUGUUUAAGUUAUUAGUAAAGGAAAUUACUGUUUUAAUUAAAUACAGAACUGAACAACACUUCUCCAAACAUUAAAAAUCUUAAAACAGUAAUGGAAAUUUAACUUUAUGUUUCUGCACACUCACACUCAAUGGUAUAUACUAAAUUUUCACAAUAAAGAUAAAAGAUUAAAAACCAAUUUAGAAAAAAGUACUCUUUGAAGCUUUUGACAUUUACUAUUUCAGCAUCAUAUUAUGAAGUAAUCACUCAAAAAAUAAAAAACAGUAUAUUUUUGAGGAGAAGUGACCUGGUUGAUAAUGAAUUUCACAUGUGGUUGUACCAAGAUGACAAUGGUCACACACACAGGUAUAUGUUCCAUUGUGUCCUGUGAACAAGUGAUUUUCUCUCCAACAAAUUUAAGUGAAAAUUCAGUUUUGUGUAAAAUUGAAUAACAAUUCUUCAUCAUAUGCUUAAUCUAUUUAUAUAUUUAUACUUGUAUAUAAACAAAAAAGUUACUAUUGAUUAAACAUUUGCUUACAAUUGUUCAUUCUAUGCUUAAUCUAUUUAUACUUGUAUAUAAACAAAAAAGUUACUAUUGAUUAAACACUUGCUUACAAUUCUUCAUCAUAUGCUUAAUCUAUUUAUACUUGUAUAUAAACAAAAAAGUUACUAUUGAUUAAACACUUGCUUACAAUUCCUCAUCAUAUGCUUAAUCUAUUUAUAUAUUCAUAUUUGUAUAUAAACAAAAAAGUUACUAUUGAUUAAACAAUUGCUUACCAUAUGGUAUGACCACUAUUUCUAUUCCAAGGGACCAUAUAUGGGUGUUCUUGGUAUGGCCGCUAUUUCUGUUCUAAGGGACCAUCUAUAGGUGUAUUUGGUAUGGCUACUAUUUCUAUUUCCAGAGACCAUAUAUGGGUGUACAUGGUAAUGGCCACUCUUUAUAUUCCCAGAGACCAUGUAUUGGCACAUUGGUUAUGGCCACUAUUUCUAUUUUCAGGGCCCAAAUACAUGGUAUGACCACUAUUUCUAUUUCCAAAGAUCAUAUAUGGGUAUACUUGGUAUGACCACUAUUUCUGUCCCCAAGGACUAUAUAUGGGUGAACUUGGUAUGGCCACUGUUUCUGUUCCCAGAGAUCAUAUAUGGGUGUACUUGGUAUGGUCACUUUUACUGUUCCCAAGGGCCUUAUGUGGAUGUACUAAGUAUGGCCAUUAUAUCUAUUGUAUAGGAAAUAAAAGCUCUGAUGAAUAUCUUGAAAGAUCAGAUGCAGACAAUUAAUUCAGUGAAUUAUAAUCAGAAAAUGACUGUGAAGGAACCCAAAGUGAGAAGCUUAAAAAACUGCAUGCAUCUUAUGAAGUACAGUGAUUAUACCUUUGGCUACAUAUUUCAAUCUGUAAGCUAAUGUUUGGAUAAGAGUUUUCCUAAUGAAUCCAGUGACAUAUGGUUUUUCGGACAUUCUUCAAUAAAAUAUAUAAUAAAUCAGUCAAAUAUAA